UGUUAUUAAACAUAAGAUUGUUUUUUUUUUAAACGGAAUUUGUAUUCAAGAACUUACGCUUUUCCUGAAAUGCAUAUUUUGGUACACAAAUAGCCAUAAAAUUUUCAUAAUAUAUUCGUUUUAAAAUGAAACUUUGGUCUACUGAACAUGUAUUUAGUCAUCCAUGGAAGCAAGUUACUGAAGCUGCAUGGCGAAAAUAUCCAAACGAAUUGAACCCAAAUGUAUUAGCAAUAGAUGUUUUAGACAGAAAUGUUUUAGACGAUGGUAGACUGGUUACAACUAGAAUAUUUGGAACUCAGUGGAUUUUUCCUAAAGUUAUUACAACACUGCUUGGAAUGCCUGAAAUGUGUUAUGCUAUAGAGUCUUCAGAAGUUGAUAUGAAAAAUGAAAAAAUGACAUUAAAAAUGAUUAAUUACACUUUUUGGGGAAUUCUUGCUGUGGAAGAAAAGUUGGUUUAUCAACCUAACAAAGAAAAUCCUAAUGAAACUCGUUUGACUCAAGGUGCAAAAAUUCAAAUUAAUGGUCUGCAAUUUGCAAAUUAUUUUGAAGGAGUUAUUGUAAAAAACUUUGAAUCAACUUCUAUUAAAGGCCGAACAGCAUUGGAGCAAGUUUUGCAUAAAAUAAAAAUUGAAAAUUUCUAUUUAACUCUUGCCAAAAAAAUUGAAGAACUGUCUUUAGAUAUUGAUAAAGCGGCAACUUAUAUUGACGAAGAACUUAGUGUAACAGAGCGUAUAAAAGAGUUAACAGAUGAUCUUGAUAAGGCUUCAUCUAUCAUAAAUAGUGAAGUAAAACAUUUUUCUGCAAAAAUCCAAAAUGAUUUAAAGCAUCUGUUCAAUGAUUUAAGUGCGGAUUUACAUGAAAUUCAAAAGACAGUUGUUGUUCGUGAUACCAAUCCACGUAGUAGUUUAGUUGCCGCUGUACAACAAGCUGGAAUUACUGCAAAAUCUAAUACUAACAACUAAAAUAAUUUUUUACAUUAAAUAUACUGAAUGCGUCGUUUUCA